AUGGUGAAGAAUCGAUCAGUCUGUAAUGCUUGUGGAUACACUUCCAUUCCAGUUGGGGCGAGAUUUUGUUCUUCCUGUGGAACCAAUUUGAGCUUGGAAAGCGAAGACAUCAACACCAUGGAUACCCCAAUGGCAACCGCCGUUCCAAUAUCAGAGGCCUUCCCUGCAACAGAAGAUACACCUCGAGGAGAGGUUCUAGUGGAUGCAAUUCACGUUAGUCCCAGCUCCAUUCCAAGUACCAUUGAUACAAAUCCAGUAUCCGUCGAAGGAGGAGUCAAUCCUAAUUUUGCAAGAUUCUACAGGAAUCCUUCGCAAGAAAUGCUGAAAAAUGCUUCCAAUCACCAUGUUGACUUUGGACUUCUAUUUAUUAACACACCCUGCAAUCCAGGAAAUGCCAUUGUCCCUCGAGUAAUUGAUGUCUUCUCGGUCAUGAAUGGCACGAAAAUAGAUCUAUCAGUUGCAGAUUUUAUCCACCCUAUAACCACAGUACGUGUCGUACCGAGUAUCAUGUCAGGGCUGAAAAUUAUCGUUCCCCGAGGGGUACGAGUAGAGUUACAGGGACUUGCCAUAAUGGGGGGAAUGAAGGGGCCCAGAAGACAAAAUAUUGACGUGUCCGAAGAUGCUCCUCUGCUUCUAGUUCAGGGUCUGACAGUGAUGGGUGGAGUAAAGGUCUCAGUUAAUGAACGAGUGCCACCAAUUCAGGUUGUUCACUGA